AAAGUCAUCUUCCUCCGUAUCACGAUCAUCGGGCUUAGCAAUCGAGAGCGUCCUCACAGCCUGAACGUCUCCAGGAUCGCGUCCGCCCAGAAAGGAAAGAUGAGGCGAUGAUAAGUCGCAGAAGAAAGUAUAAGUCCACGCUUUAUGCGGAAAACCCCCACGCCGAGGUCGGAACUUAGACCUUGCUUCUCGUCAUAUGUGGGAGUGACGACUCGCCUCAAAAGUGAACGUCGUCGACAAGCAGGAGGUGUUCAGCCGGCGGGCGCCAUCAGUUAGCUUCCAGACUCAUACUAGUACUAUGAGUCUACGACUAUCGUCCCUGGACCCCAACGAGCCUAGGGCCGCUCGAGAUUGCCGGACCUGCAGCAGGAGGCGGGUGAAAUGCGAUAGGAGUCUGGAGACUUGCAGAAAAUGCGCUCUCAAGGGUUUGCCGUGUCCCGGAUAUGGGCUUCGUAUUCAAUGGGGCCAGGGAGUCGCGAGCCGCGGUAAACUGACGGGGAAAGCCAUCCCUGUGCUCGAGGCGGCGCCUGCCAAGUAUCAGACCGAACGCAAUACGGCAACGUCUACGAGCAGUACGCCAUAUAACUUUGCAAUGUCUCCAGACACCAUCCACAACAAGUUUGGUCUGAAUCUUGAUCUGGCCCUGUUCCACCCUCCAGAUUACGUCGAAUCCAAUGCCUUUCGAGACCUUAUUCACUAUUACGACCAUGUCGUUGCUGCGGUCAUGCCAUGGGUAGACGGGCCAGACAAUGCAUGGCGAACAAUCAUGCUGCCUCUUGCAAUGGAGUCUGAGGCACUACUCCUAGCCAUUCUAGCUCUGUCCGCAGAACACUACUCUUCCAAAACGGGGUCCACCUUGACGGGCGAACAUGGCCCACUGUCUGCCCACUACCGUGAGCGGAGCCUUCAAUUGCUGGCUCAGAAUCUUCGAACAGAACUAGCUGAGAAUCAAAAAGCCCACCAAGGCCCUGCUUGUGCCAUGCUGGCGACGAUUUUAGUACUUUGCAACGUGGAGAUGAUUCAUUGCGAUUCUGCCGUUUGGCCUGUCCACUGGAAAGCAGCAAGGAUGAUCACACGACGAUGGACCUCCUCACAUCACCCGAGGCCGACGCUCGACUCUGGAUUCAGAUUCCUAAUCAAGGAAGCUUUUGUAUACGACGUCUUUGGGUCGACGACGACAUUUGAUGGCGAAGAGCAGAUACCCUGUUCAGUCCUGGACGGGGAGGAUACCCAGCUCUUCACCCAGUGGCUACAACUUGUGCAGGAAGUGACGAUCGUGGAGCGCCGGCGUCACGCCGCCAUGCCUGCUGAUCAAUACCAGUUGCAUUCAGCUGACAUGAUACAACUGCAAAAACGAUUCAAGGAAGCAACGGAGUCCUCGCUCCUCAUAAGCCAAAGUCUUGGCUUCGAGGGCUUGCAGAGUGACAUUGCCACACUGCUGGUGCUUUAUCAGCAAGCCGGACUGCUUUAUAGCUACCAAGCUUUGCACCGCAAAGAUUCUGCUCUUGCGCGAAAGGACUGCGUGGAAUCGGUGGUGGACAGUAUCCGCCUCAUACAGAACCUUGAUUCUUUUCAGCACGAUCUUGUCUGGCCACUUUUCCUCGUUGGGACGGAAAGUAGGAACAAUCCCUCGAGACAGAAAUUCGCAGAAUCUGCAAUGCUGGAAGCAAUGCGAUCGACCGCAUACUCCAAUUGUCGUUUGGCCUUGGAAUUUCUGCGGCACUUUUGGACUACGGACGAGCUUGUUGUGGUUGAUUGGAUUCAAUUUUGCCGUCAGGAGUCUCAGAAAGGCCUGAGUUUCGUAGUCAUCUGAACCCAUAGGUCCAGAAAGUAGAGAUCGCGCGCUUGAU